AUGGCAGACGAUGUCGAAGGACAUGAGCGGGACCAGGAAUCUUUGAAUGAGUCUCCAGAGUCACGAGGACCAAAGCGUCGAAGACGAGUGACAGACAUUUCGGAUGACAAACACGCCAAUCCUCGACGCCGAGGAAUCAUUGCAUGCGAGGUAUGUCGAGCGAGGAGAACGAAAUGCGAUGGAAAGCGCCCAGCUUGCUCGUUUUGCCAGAAGAGUAACUCAGUAUGCGAAUAUCGCAAGGUUGCAGAGCCUCCUCCGACAAAACUCGAGAGUGAGAUAACUACGAUCAAAGAACGCCUAGGGAACAUCGAACAACUUCUGGCUGCCCAGAGGAGACCUGCUGCCGUACACCGAGAUGUAGAUGCGCUUCUCUCACCACAUGCCACUUACACGAGUACCCCAGCGACAAUUGUGCCGCUGCUUGAAGGAGCUCAUUCCCAGUCGCCUUUCGUUUCAGACUCAACUGGGUUUCCCGUCAUGGUCAUCCGUAACAAGUCUUUCAUGCAUUUAGUUGGCGUAGAGAAUGACUUGGCUACACACUUAUCAAAAUUGGAGAGGCUUGCAGGAAGCAAAACGCUAGGUGAGAACGGCAGGCAUUUUCUCCUCCAACAGCAUCGGGCGAUCAAUGCAUUGAACACCUUCUUUGAAGAGAUUCAUCCGUGGUACCCAAUCUUGGAUCCUCAAUAUCAGGAUGUCUACGCUUCCGUGAUGGAUGGUGACCUCAAACCUUCGUCGGAAUCAUGUUUGGCGCUGAUUGUUGCUGCUCUCGGGCUUUUCUCCUCGCAUGACGGGCAGGAGAAGCAUGCCAUGUAUGCCGAAAUGGCGCUAAACAUGGUUGCUCGCACCGUGGCUGACUGCAGUGUACUGGCUGUUGAAGCUCUUGUGUACAUUGCAGUAUACUAUUGCUGUCUUUGCAGUCCCCUUGAAGCAUUCGAAUAUAACGCCAUCGCGUCGCUAAAGGCACAAAGUCUGCUCACAGUCAAUCGACAUCAUGUCACCGAGGCGGAUUCCGAGACUUUGAGACGUGCUUUUUGGGCGAUCCUGCUCAUUGAGAGUGAACUAUGUGUUCAAUUGGAACUCAUUGACACUGGCGUAUGGAAUUUGGACGAGUCCACCAUGCUGCCAAAAGUCCGGGAUUCAUGGAGUACCUCUCCCCAGUCACCAUUCCAAGCCCACCCCGACGGGAGCCAGACCGCAAAUCCGGGAGACGUUGACGCAUAUUUUCUUGCCGAGAUUGCCAUGCGACGGAUUUCUCAUCGUGCUCCGUCAGCGAUCCGUGGAACAUCUCGUGGCGAGCUCGUUUACGCGCCCAUCGUCGCUUCCGAAUUGAACUAUCAACUUGAUGAAUGGUACCACCACCUGCCAUCAGCCCUCAAAUUCCCCCGUGGUACUGAAGGCGAAGCUCGAGACCACAGAGGUUUGGUGUUGUUCCUAAGGACUCAAUACUAUUCCUGCAUGACUUCGAUUUACUGGCCAGCGAUUUACAAAGUCAUUCAGACUGGUAGACGCGAGAGCGACCUUGACCUGGGAUGUCAGAAAUUCUUCGAUGCCUACCACGACUUUCUGAUCAGUGCGACUGUCUGUCUUCAGCAUUGCAUCGUAAAUAAAUGGACAUUGCUGGCAAGUAUAUUUGCUUUUACUAUGGCAGCUGCUCGCGCCAUCAAAGAGCCUGCACUAGCUGAUGCCAUCCCAGCGCACCUCUUCAACUCUUUGACACUGGCAACUAAUUCUCUGGCACCGAGUGGACACCUAGGGCCUUCGCUUUCUUACCUGCAUGAUCUUCUGAAGGAGCACCUGACAGGUUUGGUGGCCUUCAGCCCCGAACAGAGUAGUCGGACUGGCAUGUCCAUCCCACAGAUGCAAAGAGCAGAUUUCACCUAG